GAAACUUGAGCCCGAGUUCGCGUAUCCUGCAAGUAAGUUCGGUUCGGUUCGGUUGGGCUAAGUAAUUUUGAGCCGGAAACUGGCAAUUUCCGCUUGCCGUUGCCACUUACACACACACUUGUGUGUGCUCACUUAGCUCCAAAAAGGACUUGCUGCCUUUUCGUUGGCCAAACGAUGUACGUAUGUACAAGUCAACGAACUCGAGGGGCUAAGUGUGAAUUCGCGUGUGCGGGCCGAGUUAGAGAGCCAAGACUAUGGCGAGAAAAAAACUGUUUAGAGAUGGAUAUCACCAUAACUCACGACAUAAUUAUAAUUAUAGGAAGAGAAAACUAUUGCUUGUAAUUACAUAAAUAAUCUAGUCUGUCGACAAAAACACUUGAAUAACGAGCGCGGAAAGCCAAUAUAAAUAAUUAACUUCGUUCUGACUGUGUGGCCUUGCCAAAUGCAAACAAAUUGCGGGUCCUCUAAAACAGAAAUUAAAUUUAAUACCGCCCCAAAUAGGAGGGCAAACAAAAAGGCACUCGGCGAAAGCUAUUCAAAUGAAAAGCCCGCAACGACAAAUCAGAUAACAAAGCGGGCAGGCACACGCACACAGAUAAACACAACCCAUCCCGAGCGGUCAGCAAUUAGGAGCAGCAGAAGCACCACCAACAACAACCCACUAUCCACCGUACACCAACCACCGUACACCACCCACCGACAUCAACAAGUUCACCCCACCAGACGCAUUUGAGCCACCGAACUCACGAUGAAUUUAAUGUUUCGCAAGAAUUUCCGCGAGGGCGCGAGCAAGUCGGGCGGCGGCGGCGGAAAGCUGCAGUCGAAGGCCAACAGGACGAAGCGCUCCCGGGACAUGGGACUCGUCCAGCAGCCGGAGGAGAUCCACUACAGGACCCACCUCUUCUUCUCGCCCAACCGACCCGGCUACGAUGUGGGCGAAGAACGAUGUAGCGCCCUGUCAGGCAUCCCGAGCACCCCGCUCUCGAGCACCGCCCCCUCGCUGGCCCUGCCCGGCAACCUGCCCUACGAGCUGGACAUUCCGCAGCCGCUGGUCGACCGCCGGCCGUCCGUCUCCCUGAUGCGCUGGAGCAGCAGCGGACCGGGUACGGAGUGCAACAGCAAUAGCAACGGCAACAGUAACGGCAACAGCGCCAGUAACAGUUUGAUCCGCCUGCAGCAGCAGCAGCAACUACAGCAGCAACUGCAGCAGCAGAUGCAGCAGCAGCAGCAGCAACAUCUAUUGGCAACAGCAACAGCAACAACACUGGGGUACGCUGAUGCAACGGUGGCCACGGCAACAACAACAUUGCUAGCGGCCGCAGCUGCAGCCACGCGGCAAGUGAACUUUGGUGGCGGCGCCAACUCGGGAGUCACACGAGCGGAACCCAUCUCAUUGGCCACCCUGGAUCGCGACUGCUUCAUCAUUCCCGUGCACAGUGUGGACCGAUUCCUGCCAGCUGGCAUUCCUCUGCCCGCCUUAAGUGCCGAUGGUAAGGCCACCAGCCCUCUCAGUGUCCUGGAAGUCUCCGAUCCGAAGCUGUGCAUCCUGGUGCACUUGAUGAGUCCCCUGGAGGCCAUCGACCCGGUGAUGGAGUCGCCACUCGCGCAUCCGCUGCUCAAGCAGCGCUCCAUUGCCGCCGAGUUGGUCACCGAAGUGCAGCAGGCCAACACGGCAGUGGGCGGAAUGCUGCUGGCCAACAUGGAGAAGAGUUCCGAGUUCCCCUUCAUCUCGUACUACCUGAUCAACACGCUGCAGACGGACCCUUCCAGCUUCUAUGCUGGCCUGCGCGUCUCCUCGCUGUCCAAGUUCGAGCCAAAGGCCCUCAAAUACACUGCCGCCCACACACUGGACCUGUACAGCGAGGUGGCGGCCAUUUGCCGUCCGCCGCUGGUUUUGCCCUCCAACGAGGCGGGCAGCUUCAAGAAAUCGCAGACCGCGGCCACCGGCUACAUUAUUAGCGUGUUCAAGGUUUUCGAGGGCGACGAUGGCGAGCGAUUCGAAAAGAACUGGCUCUACUGGACUGGCGCCCGGAUGUUGUACAGGUACCUGCCACGUGCCGCGGGCCUGCGGCGCAUCGCCCUGCACAAGAGCACCUCGCAGAAGGGCGACAAGAUGUAUCUGCUGGUGUGCGAGUGCGCCGAGCUGCUGAAGGACAUCUCGCUGGCCGCCUUCCUGAUUCCGGCGCUGCGGGCGCGGCUGUGCGGCUACACCGGACUCUAUCGACCAAUACAGGCCUUCUAGUUUAGAGCCGGAGCCGGAGCUGGAGCCACGUAUUUUUCUAUCUGUAUCUGUACAUAGUGGAUCUGGAGCUAAGCCAUAGCUAAUGCGAAGCAAGCACUGCAAUGUGAGGGAAACUGCACCUGUUACGUGAUUCUAAUUCGAUAUUAACUAGGCAUAAACAAAUUUUUCAACUCUCUCUCUACUAAGAGUCGGCAUUAUCAGCGCUGCGAAGUAGAAAUGGCAGCGGGUUGAUGCGAUUAGGCAUCUUACUUAAGUAGUAGACAAUAUACUCAAGGCAACUUCAUAUCGUGUGCUAGGUUUUUCUAUAAAUCAUAUAGAGGCAAGCCCAAUUAAUAGGACCAUAUCUAGUGUGAGUUGGUAGCGAGGAACUUCCAUUUUAGCCACAACAAAUAGAGAAUCAGUGGGAACUAUAUAUGUAUACCGAUAUAUCGUAGUAGUAAAUCACUUAUUCGAACGCUGAAUUUUGCGCUGAAAUGUAGGCUAUGAAAUCCGCAAACCAAGAGUCAAUUCUUAGCAUUAAAAACCUAAAAGAUUGUCAAGCUGGGGAAUGAGUGCAAUUGAAAGGGUUUCAUCAGAGGGAUGGGGGAUGUAGCUAACUUUGCCCAAAUCUAACACAAAUCUGCCAAAGAUAUAAGCAAGUCUAAACUUAAUUUGAAUCAAACAAUUGUUCAAAAUUGCUAGUUUUAUAUAUCUAAGCAAAUGAUUAAGCCAAAUACGAUUUUCUAUCAAAACAUUGACUAAUUAUCGCUUGGCUGCAGCUUGCCACUUGUGUACACUUUAGGACUUAUACCGUACAUAAUAGCGUACAUUUAUGACAAUUGUAAAUAGUCUUUGCUCCGAAUACACAAAUAUUUGAGAACUAUAUAAUUUUGCACAAUAACAACAGAAUCAAAAAGUGCUGUGAUAACUAAACUAAAGCAGAGCAGAGCCGCAAAUGCAAAGAACAUAAUCAAACCCAUGAAUGGGGAUAGUCCCAGCCAUAGAACCCAAUUUCACCCAGAGUCAAAGACAAUAUCAUUUAGCUACCAUUGAAUAUUCACUGGUCUGUGGCUUUUUUCCAAAACAAAUCCAAUUAUUUAGAUAACCUAAAACAGAUAACUCUCAAUGCUUAUGCUAAGCCUAAAGCCUAAGAAUAUAUUAAUUACCAAAUGUUCGAAAUUUUUUGUCACAUCUUGAGCUGCAAGCUUGGAGCGCGUUUAGCAUUAACAAUAAAGCGUA